UCUAGAGGAUAUCGAUUCGUUGAUAUCUUGCGUUCGAGAUGCUUUCAGCAGUCACUUUGCAUACUUACCAUUAGAUCAAAUUGCAAUACUAUUCGCGAAUCUCAUGUUGACCACAAAUUCCAAAGAUCCACCCGUCGGAUCGAAUUUCAGAAACCCGCGUCUGAAGGAAACGGUUCCAAGCAGCUCCUCACCCCAGCCAAUACGGCCAUCGGAGGCUGCUUCUUGUCAAAGAGAAGGCAGGGAAGAGCAGGCCAAGAAACAUCCUAAAGUAUCGAUUCAACACGGAAUAGACUCUCGUCGGUCGGAUAUUUGCUCGUCGGAAUAUGAAACGAAAAGUUCAUCCAGUUCGGAAUCUGGAUGGUCAUUCACAGAAUCGCGUAGUCGAACCCCUCGGAAAAAGCACGUUCACAGAUCGAAUACACCCAAGCCUGUUUCGGAGUGGCAUCUGAAAUACGAUGGAUCAGACGACGGACGAUCCCUUAUUAAUUUCGUGAGAGAAGUUGAAUUUCUGGCGAAAUCGGAAAACAUGUCCCAGAAACAACUUUUUCGAUCCGCGAUACACCUAUUCACCGGUUCGGCACGAACUUGGUUUAUGUCAGGUACGGAUAACCAAGAAUUUUCGUCGUGGAGUCAAUUAGUUCAGGAGCUAAAACGCGAAUUCCUCAGCCCUGAUCACAACCAUACGUUCGAAACACGCGCGGUCGCAAGAAAGCAAGGUCCUCGCGAAAGCUUUCAUGACUAUUUUCAAAUCCUUCAAGGACUCUUCAGUUCGCUAACGAAGCCUUUAACUGAGCGGAGGAAGUUUGAAAUAGUAUUCCGGAACUUACGGAGCGAUUACAAAAGUCACGCGGUCGCGGCGGAUAUUGAUAAUCUCGUCGAUAUGAAGAAAUUCGGUCGAAAACUAGAUGGAACGUAUUGGUUCAAAUACCAAUCGCAUCCACUGACGAAUGAUUCGAGCUCUCGCGUAAAACUAUCGCAGGUAAACGAACUGAACAGUCGCGAAAAACAAGAAUCCAAUCUCGAAAACCGGGUAUCUCGCGCGUCGUAUGACGAAUCUGAUUAUACCGCCGGAAUAUCAGACAGCUCCACGGGUCGGCGCGUCGUUCAAGAUUACCAAUCCCCGAAAAACGGUUAUUGCUUCAACUGUCGCCUGAAAGGUCAUCAUGCAAGAAAUUGUGAAAGGCCGAGGCACAAAUAUUGUCAUAAUUGCGGAUUUCACAAUGUAGAUACGGAUUCAUGUCCAUACUGUGAAAUAUCCGGCAACAGCGAUCAAUAAUUAGAUACGGAAUUCGGAUACGUUUCUCGCUGCAAUACCUAAAAAAAAACAAAUAAAAUCUUUUAAUAAAAUUUCCAACAGUUUCUCCAGUCAUUCGACGACUGGAGGAUAAUAAAAGACCAAUUGAGAGGUCAUUUGUCGAAAGCGGACACGUCACAUUCUCUUCAGGAAGAUGUAGAUGUGCUCUGCGGUCAUUUAAUACUGGGUAGGGACCAGCAAAACGGGCUGGCGAAAUCACUACAUCGCAGAAAUUAGAGUCGAAAAGGUACACUCAGACCUGAAAGCAAACACUGAUUGAUAAAUUUCUUCAAUUCAGCCGCUUUAAUUCAUAAUAUACGUACCAUUCAUUUGUCCGGACGCGGCCAAUACUGAAUGGACAUACGCUGCUUAACUGAAAGAUAGUAAUUUUAGUCAACACUUCUGUUUACAAUUUAUUUCUCUUACUUGCAAACGACACAAUUGCCUCAGCAGCGAGAAGCUCUCCAAGGCCGAUUCUCUAACAGACUAGUGGAAGAAAACCGACCAAGGAAGCAGAAUCGAUGAUCCGUGCACAAAUCGGGAGCUACUCUCCGCCAGACACAAUUUUGUUCCGUUUAUCGCCGCGAAACCGAGAAAACGUACGUCGAGAUUCCGCGGAUCGUCGUCGGACGUCGGAAGUAAACAUUGGUGAAGUUGACGUUUACAGAUACUAUCUUAUCAGUGAGUUACCCAUUGAUGAUCUUUGCCUCGUCAUGUGAGUGACGAAGGUAAAGCAAGAUUUCACAAAGGGUCUAGCCGAAUCAUGAAUUUAUGCUAAUCAUUGAUAAAUUGAUUAAUUGAAAUGAAAAUUCUUUCACUCUUUCAGGAGGGACGAUGGGGUAUUGUAACCGUUGGUUACAAGUUCAACUUGUAGCUCCUCCACAAGUAUAUUUUAAAACCAUAUUUGCUCCCUAAACAUUCCCAUAUAUCCAUAAUAAUACGCCCUUUACAGAAAAACACAACCACUAACACCAUAAUGGAACAGCAGCUGCACUCAUAUGGCUUGGUGAGUGUAAAAGCGCUGUCCAACUCUCACACCUCGCACUGUUUGGGUGACAGAUUCGCUGUAUAACAGUUUGAACUGACAGGGCAAAAUAUCACCCAGCCCUUUAUUGUUCGCCAACAGAUGGAGUACCUAAAAAUAGGGUGUGUGGUCAAAUUGUAGACACAAAAAAAAAGAAAGAAUGCAAUUUAUGAUGCAACAACUGCAUUUCACAGGUGGGCAUUUUUAUUAUAAAAGCGCGGUAAGGUGAUUCAAUCACUCUUAUCGAUCGUGAUCUCUGAACAGAGUAGAAGUGCGCGCGUGUGUAUUGUUAGUAUUGUGAAGGUCUUAAAGCUAUUGUUAGUAGAAUAGAAGGAAUAGAAAAGUUUUAGUAAACAUGCAUAAUACAAAAAUUAGUACGCUAAAACGCAAAAGUUACUGUCCUUAAACUAAGUGACAAACAACAAAUAAUUUGAAGACAAACAAACAAGAAAAAGGUCCGGAAAGUGGACCUUUUUCUUCCGACCUUUCUUCUAUUUUCGACAGAAGUGUCCGGAGGCCGAUUUCCCGGAUACCAUCGCGUACCUCGCCGAUCGAAAGCCGUCAGUGACAACUCCGCCAUCUUUGUCACCAGUGACUGGCAAAACACAGCUACCAACCGUCAUCCCGGUAGCUCAAUUCCGCCAUCGUAGUCCUCGUCGACUGGCAACAGCACCAUUACCAUCCCCAUCCCGGUGGUCUGAUUCCGCCAUCUCCGUCACCAUUGACUGGCCAAAACCCGCCACGAACAUCGUUAUCCGGUGGUACAUUUCCGCCAUCUGCGUCAACAUUGACUGGCCACACCACCACUACCAUCGUUACCGGUAGUAUGAUUCCGCCAUCUUCGUCAUAAUUGACUGGCUAGAACGGUAGCUUUCGCCCGGAGGCGACCAAACACUUCCCAAGC